AUGAAAUCUGGCAAAUACUGCCUUGGGUAUAAGCAAACCUUAAAAACAUUACGUCAAGGAAAAGCCAAGCUUGUCAUCAUUGCCAAAAAUGCUCCUCCACUAAGAAAAUCUGAAAUUGAAUAUUACGCUCUUUUGGCAAAAACAGGAGUACACCACUACAGCGGAAACAAUAUUGAGCUUGGUACAGCAUGUGGUAAAUAUUAUAGGGUAUGCACAUUGGCCAUUACUGACCCUGGUGAUUCAGAUAUUAUAACUACAUUGCCUGAAGCAACAGCUUAA